GGAUUUCUUUUUCUCUCUUGUAUCUUCGCAACGAGAGGAGAGAAGAAUAAUGGAUGCAACACAAGCGAUUCAGGACUUCAGCUAUGAUGAUGAUGAAGACGAUAAUGACAGUGAAGAAGAUGAAGCAGAACCAGUUGCUAAACUGAUCGUUUUAAAAAAUGGACACAUCCCAGAGACGGAGCUGCCUCUGUACCCAGGAGAGAAUGUCUUGGGCCGUGAUUCCUCCUUCUGCACGGUGCCUUUGAACGCUCCGUCCAUGUCAAAGCGCCACGCCACCAUUUCAAUCACCAUGUUCGGCGGUCUGGCUGCAGACGCGCUCAUCUGGGACAUGGGCAGCAUGAACGGCUGCCGGAAGGGCCGUCUGAAGCUGCAGCCCCACGUGCGUUACGCGCUGAGCGAGGGCGACAAAGUGAUUCUGGCUGAUGUGCCUUGCCAGUACGCCCUUGUCAGAGCUGCUGAGGGACAGAAUGGAGGGGGCCGAGUGGGGACACCAGACUAUGGUGUCAGGCAGAGGGACAAUGAGGAGGCCAGCCCACCUCGUGCUGAGAACGGCAGGGCCAAUGUGGCGACAGAGAUGGCUACUGUUGCAGACAGGACUGGGAAUAGGGAAGGGGGCUUCCUGACACCCAGCAGUGUGCCGGGCGAUGCCCAACAGAGAAGCAGUCAAGAGGGGUCAGCCCAGGCCCCGGUGGUGGGCCUGAGGAAACAGUCUCCAGCUCCGCUGGUCCCAGAGUCCGACUCGGAGUCUGACGGAGAGAGAGAAGCAUUUAGGCCAAAGCCAGCCAAGCAUUUAGUAUCACUAACAUCAGAUUCGGAGUCUCCAAUCAUUCCACAGCCUGUGUGCUCAACAUUCCAGAGUCCAUCAGGCGCUCUUUUCAUACCAGAGAGCCCCUCCACCAACGAGAGGGGGAGAGCAAACGAGACCGUGAGCUCAGGAGAAGCCAUCUGGACUGACAGGAGCACUGAGGCAGCAGCGGCGGCCGACAAGCCCAGGCCAGAGCCCCUGGAGUUCAACAUCGACAGUGACACUGAUACGGAGAGAGAUGAGGAGGAGGAGGAGAAGAGGAAGAUGAAGAAGAAGGAGCAUGGGCAGAACAAGAGCUCGUCAGGAGCUGCCAAUGAACAGGCCCAUGCAAACUCGACAACGGCAACAGCAGCAGCAGCAGAAGCUGUUGGACCUGUGUCCACUACACGUCCAGAUUUCCACCUGGACAGUGACACUGACAUUGAGGACGAGGAUGAGCAUGACACGUCGGAUGCCAAUUCCACAAAGGCCUCCGUCAACGCUGUGAGCGAGAGGCCGGCACCUCCUGCUGCUGCUGCGCAGUUAGAGCUGCACUCAGACAGUGACACAGAUGUGGAGGAUGAGCGUGAAGUUUCCAAGGCCGCACCGGGGGAGGAUCCCCCUUCUGCCACCGCACACCAGGACCCAAGCAGGGACACUGCUGAAUCCAAGCCAGCACAUGCUCCAGACUUCAACAUGGACAGUGACACGGAUAUGGAGGAUGAGGAGGACGGUGACCAAACAGAGGUUAUUAUACUACCUGGAGAUGCUGGAGCUGCUGGGUCCUCCACCACCACCACCACCACCACCAACACCACACCUUUGACCAACCAAGAUGGCACCCCAACCAAGGUCUGCACCGACCCAGCAGAGGCUGCGCGUGCAGACGAUCACACAUUCCAGCCGUCCCUUCCCGUGACCAACUUUGACAUCCAGCUGGACAGCGACACAGAUGUGGAGGAGGAGGAGAAGGAGGAGAAGGGGGAGACGAAUGUGAACCCCAGACAGUCUGGAGGCUCUGGAGGGUCUGGACUCCAGCCAGCUUCUGAGAUGGCCCAGGGGGGGCCAGAGAGACCAGCUGGAGCAGCCAGCAAGACAGCCGCUGGGAAGCCAGAUGUUGAUGUGGCGGCCCCGGCCCCGGCCCCGGCCCUGACCUCUGAUGGCUUCAACAUGGACAGCGAUACGGACGUGGAGGAAGAGCAGGCUAAAGUUGAUGGCAGUCCUCCUCUGAAGGCUCUGGGGAAGUCCUCCGCUGCAGCUACAAUCCAGUGCUCAACUCCCAAUGAUGCAGCAGAGAUGCGAAUAGAAGAAAUGGAGACUCAACUUUUUGCCAGUCCAGAUCAUCAUUUUGCCUUCCCCAAACGUCCUCCUCCCCUCAACCCCGUUGUGACCUCCGACGAGGGCCCAGACGUAGACUUUGUCCCUGAGACCCAGUCGUUCGCCAUGGAUCCCGAUGGUGCUGCUGGGAUGUCCACCCUGGACAUGGCCUUGGAGGAGACCCAGGCAUACAGCAUAGCCGGCGAGGCAGCGGCGUCUCCCAGGCUGCAGCUCAGUAUGUCCAUAGACAACAGCCGAAUGCUGCAGCUGGCUACGGAGAGCACCCAGGCCUACACCAUGCCCGAGCUCCGGGACUCGGACGAGGAGUGCGACAGCGACCUGGCCCCGACCCAGGACUACGCAGCUCUGCAGGCAACGCAGGCCUACGCCCCAGCAGCGGAGGAGAGAGGUGACGACAACACCCAUGUAGACAUAGGCAUGGCUGAAACCCAGGCCUUCUUCUUUCACGGCAGUGCGGAGACGACACCCACGGCCAGGAGUGAGGAGAAGAAGCAGGAGGUGACGGAACCGGACGACGAUCAGCCCACUCAGCUGAUGGAGGAGGACAACGUUUAUUCACACAUCUCCACCGCCGACACGGUCAUCCUACACAGAAGCCAGAAGCUGGGAGGCGAAGACAGCGAAGGAAUAAUGUCUGCCGCAACAACGGCUGGUCCUCAUACUACUUCUGCAGCGUUCCACAUGGACAGUGACACAGACGUGGAGGAGGAUGACACAGAGUCCCCGUCCCUGCAAAUCCCCGCAGCUAUGCCCACCAAGGCCCAGGAUGUACUGCUCCAAAGUGACUCGGACAACGACGACGAAGAUCUAUUCAAAUCUGGCAACAGCAGGCCCACCAACAGCCCUGCAGGUGGCACUGUUGCCCCUCCGACUACAGUCCCCAAGUCUCCUGCUCGCCAACCUCUCGCCGCUGCUGAGACCCAGCCAAUGGCCACGAGCGAACAUGAGGACGAAGAUGAUGAUGAUGAUGCAGUCAAGCCCGCGCUGCCCAAGAGGAGGGGGAGGCCGAGCAGGAGGAAAGGGAGGCAGGUGGAUGACAGCACUUCUCAGCAGCUCUCCACUGCCCAGACCCUGCCCAUGACCCUUGCCAGUGAUGACGAGGAGGAGGAGGAGGAAGAGCGCCCCCUGCCUGCUGUGUCUAAAAGGGCACGCAGGGGCAAAGCAGGCAAGGUGGGCAGCGGGGCGGAGCCCACCGACGUCCCCCGCAGCUCGUCCUCCGUCCUCUCCGCAGCUGAAACUCUGCCCAUGUCCGCCUUUCAGGACGAUGAUGAUGAUGAUGAUGAUGAGGGGGGUGACGAGGGGGAGCCCAAGAGGAGAGGCAGACCACGCAGGGGGAAGGGGAAACAGCCGGGAGAAGAUGACCGUCAGGUGGCUGAAGUGGCCUCCAGCACCUGUCUGUCAGCUGCUGAGACACAGCCUAUGUCUGGCCUCAAUGAGGAGGAGGAGGAUGACGACGACUAUACACAGCCCAUGCCGUCCACAUCCAGAGCUAAGACACGUGGAGCAGGCAAACAGCCUGUUGUGGGGAGAGGCAGCAGGACUAGAGGUAAAGUAGUGCAGGAGGAAGAGAGUCAGGAAGAAGAGAAGAAGCAGACCAAGACCAUCACUCCGGCAGCUAGGAGAGGAGGGAGGAGAGGAAAGAUGGUGGAAGAGGAAGAGGAGGAUGCUGAUGAAGAGCAGCCAGCGCAAGAGGCACCUGUUGCCAGGAGGGGUAGAGGAAGAAGGAAUGCCAUGCAAGAACAAAAGGAUGAAUCACAGAAGGAGAAAGAGAAACAGAACAGAGAAAGGCUAGAAAAGGAACAGAAAGAGCAAGAAGAAAGGGAGAAGAAAGAAGAAGAGGAGAGAAUCCGAAAAGAACAAGAAGAAAGGGAGAAAAGAGAAGAAGAGGAGAGAAUACAAAAAGAACAAGAAGAGAAAGAACGGUUGGAGAAAGAAAUUCUUGAGGAGAGAAAAAGAAUAGAGAGGGAGCAGAAAGAAAAGGAAGAGAGAGAGAGAAAGGAGCAAGAUCAGAAAGAUAGGAUGGAGAGAGAAAGACUUGAACAAGAAAGAAGAGAGAAAGAGGAAAGAGAAAGAAUGAAGAGGGAGCAGAGAGAAAAAGAAGAAAAGGAGAAAAGAGAGGCUGAGGAAAGAGAACGGCUGGAAAAGGAGAGGCUUGAAAAGGAAAGACAAGAACAGGAGAGAAGAGCGAAGGAAGAGAAGGAGAGAAGAGAGGCUGAGGAAAGAGAGCGGCUGGAAAAGGAAAGACUUGAAAAUGAAAGAAUAGAAAGGGAAGAGAGGGAGAGAAAAGAGGCAGAGGAAAGAGAAUGUCUGGAGAAGAAGAGGCUCGAAAAAGAAAGGAAAGAGAGGGAGAGAAGAGAACAGAAGGAGAAAGAAAAAAGAGAGGCGGAGGAGAGAGAACGGUUGAUAAAGGAGAAGCUUGAAAAAGAAGAAAAGGAAAGAAUUGAAAGGGAGAGAAGACAAAAAGAAGAGGAUGAUAGAAGAGUGGCUGAGCAGAAAGCACAGUUGGAGAAAGAGAGGCUCGAGAAGGAGAGAAAAGAGGAGGAGGAGAGGCAAAGACUGCAGCAGGAGGAGAGAACUGCGGAGGAAGGCCGUAAACGAACCAGUGCGAAGUCCGCAAAAGAAAAGCCAAGUGAGGAGCCCUCUGAAACGGAGCAGCAACAACAGAGUGAAGCUAAACGUCGAGGCCGGCCCUCCACGCGAGGCAGGCGUGCCACAGCCAGACACGCAGCGCCAGCAUCCCCUAGUUGCCCGGAGGAGUCAGCGCAGCCGGCCGGUGACAACGCCGACAACAAAGACGCCGGCCCCGCCAUGAGGACCCGCUCUCGCUCUAACUCCUCCAACUCUGUCAGCUCGGAGAGAUCCACGUCCAGCGUGCGCAGCGGUGCCAGCACUAGCAGGCAGGGGGCACCAGAGCCACACAGCAGCUCCAGGCGCGCCACCCGGGGAAGGCCUCCCAGAGCUCCCCCUGCUGAGACACAGGCACCAGCUCUGGAGGAUGUGGCAAGUGGCGGCAGUGGAAGAAGGUCGCGAAGACCAUCGAGUUCCAGCAACUCUGUGACAUCUGACGUGUCCGAACCUAUUGCUGAAGGGAGCCAAGGCAGGGGACGAGGGAGAGGAAGAGGGAGAGGACGAGGAAGAGGCAGGAAGAGUGUUAAGGGGAACGAACCAGGACGGGAUUCAUUACCGACACCAGAACCGCAGGUGAGCAAACCCUCUGAAGCUCAAACCGAAGAACUUUCAGAACCCCAAGUUGAAGAACCUUCAGAAUCUUCAGAACCUACGGUGGAGCAGCCUUCAGCUGCCAAGACGCCUGGACGAGGACGCAGAGGCAAUAGAGCCGGUGCCGGGGAUGAAACAGCCCAAAGCGGCCCCUCAGAAGAAAAGACAGAGGACUUGCCUGCUGAGGAGCCAGCCGCAGCCAGAGGCAGAAGAGGGGCCAGAGGGGCGUCUUCUAAACCAGAGUCGCAAGCUACUGGAGAUGGAGAAGAAAGCCAACCUGCAGCAGUUGACGAGUCUGACUCUCCGAAAGCAGAGGCCGGGGUGGGGAGAGGUAGAGGACGGGGUCGUAGAGGAGGUGCGAUGGCCGGGCCAUCCAGCCAGAGUGAUUUGGAAGAGGAGAAGGAGGGGGAGCAGGCAAGCGGAUCAAGCACAGAUCAAGUCAAGACUGCUGACGUUUCCACUGCAGCCAGCCAGGGCACGGGGAGUCGCAAGAGGAGUCGCAACGAAGAGCCUGAAGAAGCCGACGAAGCCGAGGAGGAGGAGGAGGAGGAGGUUCGCUUCAAGGUGCCUCGUGGAAAGGCCAAGGCGACAAAGGGGCCAAGCAAGGCCAACGCGGACGAUGCGGGUGAACAGCCUCCUGAGGACAAAGAGGAGAAGGCAGCCCCUGUCCCGGCACAGAAGAGGGGAAGAGGCCGGCCAUCUGCAGCACAGAAAAAGAAAGAAGAGAAAAAAGAGAUGGAGGAGGAGGAGAGUAUGGAGGCCUCUGCAGCAGCAGCAGCAGCAGCAGCAGCAGCAUCAGCAGCAGCAGCAUCGCCCUCUAGUGCUGUGGAACAGAGCAGUGAGACGGAGGCUGACGAGGCCUCUGAGAAGACUUCCAGGAAGCGAGCUGGUGCAGGCUCCACAGAGUCCCCCACACCAGCCAAGUCCGCACGACGCUCCGUGAGCUCCCCACGCCAGGUUUACAAGGUACUGUUCACCGGCGUGAGCAAUGACGGAGGGGAGACCACCGUGAGUCGAUUAGGGGGCAGCAUGGCCAAAGGUGUGAAUGACAUGACGCACCUGGUCACCGAUGCCGUGCGGCGCACCGUCAAGUUCAUGUGUGCCGUGGCCAGAGGGGUGCCCAUCGUCACGCUCGACUGGCUGAAAAAGAGUGGCAGGGCUGGCAGCUUCCUGCCCCCUGAGGAGUUCCUGGUGAAGGAUGCGGAGCAGGAGAGGAAGUUCAACUUCUCACUCAAGGACUCCAUUACCAUGGCCAGCAGCCAGCCACUACUGCAGGGUUAUGAGGUGCACGUGACUCGGUCGGUGAAGCCUGAACCCACUCAAAUGAAGGACAUCAUCACCAGCUGUGGAGGUCGCUACCUUCCCAAAAUGCCAUCUGUCAACAAGCCCCAGACGGUGGUGGUGUCGUGUGCGGAGGACGCCUCGCUCUGCUCCGCUGCCCUGGCAGCCUCGGUGCCCGUCGUCUCGUCCGAGUUCCUCCUGACGGGCAUCCUCCAGCAGCGGGCCGACGUGGCUGCCCACGCUCUGCCCAUGCCGCAGGCCGCAGGAGGCAGGGGCAGGAAGAGGACGUAACCAUGGUCACAUACAGAUGGCGGUGGGGCAUGAGCCCACGACCCCCUACGCCAUAUUUAAGCCCUCUUUCCCCCUCCCCUGGGGCAGGAACAUAACGUGGUAACGCUGGAGUCCCACAGUUGGGGAUGGGGCACAUGGCACGCCUUGCCCAUAUUUCACGGCAUGGGGGCAGAAAGAGGACGUAACACCGGCCCGACUCACACUCAGACAGGACAGGUGCUGCUCUCAGAGACGGGGCUUCAUGUACUGAAGACAUGAGAGUCAGGACAUCUGAAGGUGCCCAACACCUUCUGACUCCAUAUUCUUCCUUUUCUUAUUAUGAUUGUAUGAUUGCCUGUUGGUCAUGGACUUCAAACUGUGAAAGCAUUUCUACCGUCCACAGGUACUAAUUUAAGCACAUUAUGAUUCACUUGCUUCUGUAAUUAUAGGUAUACGUACUGUAUGUUCAUUCUUAUUUCAGUCUACAACAAGUAGCCAUGAUCUAAAUAAAUAAAUAUUAUAUUUUGCA